UACUGGGAACUAUAGAUAAUGUGAGUUUCCUAGACUUAGAGCUAAUAAAUAAUUUAGUUUUCAUGAAAACUGCCAUCCGCGUCACCUGCGGCGUGACGUCACAGCCACCGUUGUUCACGUGACCGCGGGCGUGUCGCGCGCAGCAGCUCGUGAACCUCGUUUUAACGGAAUAAAGCCAUGUGUUUUCCGCGCAUCAACUGGACUACACGUGUCGUGUGUAUACUCGUAGACUUGUUAGGAGUUGUGUGAGCGUCUCGCCCGCGGCUGACGGUGAGUUUGAGUCAUGGAGUUGUUCUGUCACGAGCACGUCGCACCGGGCGCGAGCUCAGGACCGGUUCGCGCGUGCAGAGACGAGGUCCUGACCCGAGGCUCGCGCGUCUGUCGGAACCUGCUGAGCUCGGAGAGACCGAGCAUCAAACCCGGGACCGAGCCGACCGACGAGCAGCGGUACGUGCGUCCGAUCUUAACGGGAUGGAUGCUGCAGGUGUGUGAGGAUCAGAAGUGCGAGGAGGAGGUGUUUCCUUUGGCCGCUCACUACCUGGACAGGUACAUGUCCCAGAAUGCCGUGCGCAGGUGUCGUCUGCAGCUGCUGGGCUGCGUCUGCAUGUUCCUGGCCUCUAAACUCCGGGAGUGUGUUCCUCUGAGCGCCGCCAAGCUGUGUGUGUACACGGACCACACCGUCAGCGUCCCGGAGAUCCUGCGGUGGGAGGUGCUGCUGGUGUCGUGUCUGGACUGGGAUCUGGCCGCGGUUCUUCCGUCUGAUUUCUUGGAGACGCUGCUGCAGACUCUGCCGCUGAGGGCCGAGGACAGGGCCCCGGUGCGGAGACACACGCUCUCAUACAUGGCCCUGAGCUCCACAGAGCUGAACUUCUCGCUCUUCGCUCCGUCGGCGGUGGCCUGCUCGUGUUUGACGGCGGCCGUGGUCAGACUGGACGUCCUGAACGAGUCCGUCCCCGACGACCUGCUGCGGCGGCUGAGGGACGUCCUGGACACGGACAUGGCGCCGCUGCGCUCCUGUUUCUCGGCGCUGGAGAAGGUCAUCGAUCAGAUGCUGCCGGCUCCGUCUGAGCUCUGACGGCUGCAGGGAACCCGCUCAGAGCCACGCGUUCUAGUGUUUCCCUCGUUCUGUUGACCGUUCCGGUGCAUUAGCGCCUGUUAAAGAGGUUCGUCUUAGUUUUAAUGUUGCAGAUGUUCUGCACCCGAGCAAACACACACAGACACACACACACACACACACACACACACACACACACACACACACACACUGCAUGACUCCACACGUGAUUAAUUCAGUGCACUCUUCUUGGACUCGAAUACGUGCUAGAGAUAGACUCUUUUUCAAUUGUAAAGAUAAAUAUGAGAAAAUAAAAAGUUUUGCUGUGGAUGGGGACGGUUUAAGAUGAAAUGUCGUAUUUCACUCUGAAGUCAAAAGACUAAAUGGUUUUGCAUGAAGAAAAUGAGCCUGUUCGUCAUCAUCAAAUGAUUAUUAUUAAAAUUAGAUGUCAAUUAAGACUAGCAUGAGUUGAUUUCAGUCAAACUCUGCCAUGUUAUAACGUGACGUGUAAUAAGGAUAAUCAGCAGAUUAUAAAAAUAUAACCACAAUUGAAGGCCCUUAAAUAAUCUCAAUUGUCUCUGUGAAAACUUUUUGCUGUGUUUUGUGGUAAAUAUAAUGUAGGGUUUUUUUGGUCAGAAUUAAUUACCCUUUUCACCUGAAAAUUAAUGUGAAAAGAAAUUAUAUUUUAAUCUGCAUCCCAAAACACGUAUUUAAUACUAUACACCAGAAAUAUGCAUUUUCAGGCAGCGUUUUAUUUAUAUUUUAUUAUUACUUGAUGUGUUAUACAUAUGUAUACAUGCAUGUAUGUGUAAAUGUAUUUUUAGUAUUUCGUUCCAGUUAAUUAUUUUAGUACAUCAAGUACACUGGAACAAAAAUGAUGAAUCCUGCUUUGGCGACUAACUGAAAUGAAGGUUUACUUUUUAUUUUAUUUCAGUAUUUUUCGUGUAGCUAAAAUAUUUUUGUGCCUAUUUUUUUUAUCAACUAUAAAAACUGGUUUUGGCUCAUUCUACCACUAUAAAAGACCACAGACUCGUAUGUAGCAUAUUAUUUGUCUUAAUUAUUACCAGAUUCAUUAAUACUUUCAUUGUAAACGCUGUAACACAGUUCUCACAUACUGUGGAGUAUAAAUGUCAUUUAGGAUUAUCCAGGAGACUGUGAUGGGAACAGAAGAACCGACAGCCAGAGAACAUUUUCCACUUCACUUGUGCUGUUUUAUUGUUCCAUUCAGUCAAAGAGACAUCAGGGCAGAUAAAUCAGGCACUUUGGCAAAUAAACAUGCAGAAAUUAGAACAAAACAUGACAUCAAACAGAGGAACACCUCAUAACCCGGGUUGUCUCGAGCCGUGACACUAGACACUGUAUGAAGAGGUCAGGUGUACUGAUGACCCCGAACACCCUGCUAUGCACCGAAACCCCAUCACAUCCCAUCCC